AUGUCUGCUCCCAACGCCGCCGUGACCAGCGCUGCUGAAAAGGAUGUCGCGCCCAACGGUGCCGCCCAGCACUUGCGUUACCAGCACCCUACCUACCGGGCCAUGCUCGAAGGCCAGGACACCCAGGCCUUUGGCGGCGCUCUGCAGGUCGGAAACUGGCAGCCGUACGAGCACCGCAAGCUGGCCAACCCUGCGCCGCUGGGCCUGUCGGCUUUCGCCCUCACCACCUUUGUCCUCUCUGCCCUGAACAUGCACACCCGUGACACCGCCGCGCCCAACAUUGUCCUCUCCCUGGCCUUCGGAUACGGCGGUCUUGUCCAGCUUCUCGCUGGCAUGUGGGAAAUGGCCACGGGCAAUACCUUUGGUGCUACCGCCCUGUCGUCCUACGGUGGUUUCUGGCUGUCCUACGCCAUCAUCCUCACCCCCGGUUUCCAUGUUCUAGACGAAUACACCAAGCCCCAGGUCGCCAACGUUUUGGGCUUCUACCUCUUCGGCUGGUUCAUCUUCACCACGCUCCUUGUUCUUUGCACCCUCCGCUCGACAGUCGCGCUUUUCCUAUUGUUCUUCACACUAGACCUCGCUUUCCUUUUCCUCGCCAGCGAGCAGAUGGCCACCAACAUGGGCAACGCCACCGCCGCUCUCGCCCUUCAAAAGACCGGUGGUCUCUUUGGCUUCCUCGCUGCCUUUCUCGCCUGGUACAACGCCCUGGCCGGAAUCCAGGACAGCUCCAACUCCUUUUUCCAGGUUCCCGUCAUUCACUUCCCCUGGUCCGACCACGCCCAUGAGCUGCGCAAGCAGAAGAGUGCCGAGCACCAAGCUUGA